AUGGCGGAGGUCACUCUCAUCUCAGCUAUUGCCAAGCUCGAAGCAGACACCCAACAGUCAAGAGCCGAAGGUCUUACAGAGCUCAAACGAAUUCUGGACCCCGGUAGUUACUAUUCCAAAGCAGACUCUAUCCCAGACGAUGCGUUCCACAAAACAUUUGAGCUGCUCUACAAGAUUAUUUCCAAGCAGAAACCUGUCUACGUCCGGGCUACUACCAAGCCGACAACUAGGAACAAUGCUGCCUCUCGGCUCCAGGUCACUGCCGCUGCUCUCCGUCUUGCAGUGGAGGUUGGAGCUCCUAGAAUCAGGUUCAAAACAGCACUCUCAGUGCUGGACCAUAUUGUUGAAACUCUAGCAAACUCGGAUGGCUCUUAUUGUGAGCCUCUUCUGAAUGAUUAUCUCAAGAGUUUCAAAGCUCUCCUAGAGUAUGCUCCCCAUUGUGAGCAUAUGCGGCCAAAACAAUGGCACAAGUGUGUCGAUUUUAUCCUCACGCUGUUGUGUGUUGGAAUAGAUGAUAUGGGACAAGCUAGCGAUGUAAUCACGAGCCGAGACAACCGUAACACCUCCCGGAAUGGUUACAGCUUGUCGAUGCGACUCAGUCAGCGGAGUGCGAGGACUAAAUCCAAGGACGGCGUUUCCGCGCAUUCAGAUGAGCUUAUUGCCACUCUCAAAAGCUUGACUGCCGUGACAAAUGCUCCGAUCAUGUCCCGUGCCGAUGUCAUCGUCAAGACAAUGGAAGAGUACCUUCUAGCUGGCUCAAGAGGCCAAGAAGCAGCCUUCGAGAUACUAAACAAUCUCAUCUUCAAUGCUCUCACCACACAUGUUGACUUCACCAGAAAUCUCAUGGCUUCUUUCAUCCCCAUGAUACGGCGCUUUUGGUCGCACAGCUCAGUCCUUCUUCGGGAACAGAUGCUUAUUACACUCUUUUCGUGUCGAUAUCUCUUCGUUUCCAGGAGUAGUACUUGGCCUGCUGUCCACUCAAACAUCCUCGAACCAUUGCUGGAAACUCUGCUCUCGGAGUACAGCUCAAGAAGCGAAAGAGAAAUUCUACUCUUCGAUGACCUGCACUUAUUGAUUGCCGGAGAAUCCGCGCCACUACACUCAAAACACUUUCUCCCUGCCCGAAAUUCGCCACGGGCUCUCAGUGCUUGGGCCUCUCUUUCUGUCAUUGCCUGUCUUAUCCUGGGAAGAAAGAAGAUAUUCCGACAUGACAAUGACUCUGAGCCCGAAGCUGUUGAUGGCCCGCGGAAACGCCAAAAGGUCAGAGAUUCAGCAGAGGAUAUAUGGAGACUUGCAACGGAAGGUGUGGGGCAAAACAGGCUUGUUGCACUUCAGAUAUUGGUCUUCUUGUGCGACCAGCCCACUCGAGAUGAUUUCGACUCUCCAAAAGAUCUGGCUCAAUUGCUUCCAGGACUUUCUCACGAUGACACCAACAUACAAUCAUGGACAUAUUUGCUAUUCUCCAGGCUGGCAGUUGAAUAUUUGCCCAGUUUCAAAUGUUCCCCUGAAAACUGGCUUCUGGUCUGGUACUCUGCUGGCCAAGCAAUCUCAGUGGCUGGUACAGCAAGAGCAGCAAGUCAUACUCUUGCAGUCCUACUUGAAUCUGGCCAUCUUCGAACCCAGUUGAAUGGUGCCUUGAUUAUCAAUACUAUCUUCGGAGGAAGCAACAAUGGGCCUUCCACUCUGACUGACACCUCCUUGGUGCUUAUGACAAAUGCACUGCAGUCAGAAUUCUUUGAUAUCGGUGGGACUUUCGAGCACUUGUGCCUAAAGAUUCUCAACUGGCUUUCCACGCGAUGGACACUUCCGGCGGUGCUCGAUCGAUCUCACAAUGCAUCGAUUUCGCUCUACGUUCGGCCAGAACUCCUGUAUUCUCUUUUGACCUCCGCCUGCGGUUUUUUGGACGUAAUCCAGCCAGUCGAUGAUUGGUCUCCAGCCCAUGUAAUCUGGCGGGCUGCAAUGGUCACCUGCCCCGAUGAGGGAUUUCUCCAAUACCUGCUGGAGAUACGUCCACAUGAGACGGUUAACCCUGACGUCGCAAACGCGACGUUGACAUGUCUAAGUGGCCGUUUAAAGGAGUUGCAGUCGGCCUUUAUCACUUUACAGUUAGAACGAAAGUCUAAUAUUAGUACCGAUAUUAUUGGAAUUCUCACAAUUGCUGCGAGUGCAUGUGCGGGUCUCUCUGUUCGUUUGGCUCCAGCAUCAGGUACGAAGCCUCUGACCCUGUGGAACACUCUCUGGUCAUCUGUCAUCGAUUUUGUCUCCAGUGAAACUAGUGACGGGCGUGUUCUGAUAAAUCGGAUAUGUUCGUCCGUCUUACGCCUGCACGCACAACUCUGUGAGAGCAAAACCCUCUGGGCAAAUGCAGAAUACCAUACCCUUGUGGAAUCGGCCUUACAGCUCGCUCGCAACAGUAUGGAUUCGACUGCCAGCAAGGAUGGCACGGAGUCGGACCUCAUGGAUGAUGACGCGUGGGCAUCGCAGUCGACCCAAAGAGGCCUUGUUAACACAAACGCUAGUCAACUGCGGCAAGCCAUACCACUCAAUUUUGAUGAACUCAGCCAGUUAGCUUCUAACCGCAUCAAACUCGCGAUGGCUCUCCAAACCGUCAAAACCGAGGGAAGUCUCGUACCAAGAGCCGUCUCGCUAGUCGUGGAUGAAAUCAUAGCACUCGAGCCAGGGUCACUACUGGCUGCUCGCGGUGCCGUCUCUGAGCUACUGGCACUCGAUCACGGCAUGACGCGAGCUGAUGGUGCGCGGCUCCUGCAGCUGUUGGGUCAGACUUAUCUGCAAGAAGAAACUUAUGAACGAUGUGAGACUGCCUUAUGCUUUUGUUUGAAAGUCGUGCAAGGCCUUGGUUACCUCUGGGUUUCGGAGGACGACGAUGACUCUCUCGGCGAGCUCGCAUAUGACGUUUACAAUUAUUCGCUCAAUGUUGUACUGGGAAAGUUUCCUGCGUCCCCCAGAGUGCUUUCCCAAUUCUCAGAACUUCUUCAUUUCCUCCUUCAGCAUAAUCCCAACUACGGAGCAGAGGAUCUGCCCUCUCCGAGAACAAGUUUGCUGAAAAUUCUUCAAACUGCUCCCCCUACGAUCAAAUAUGGUCUGCCAGAAAAGCUCUUUCAAUUGUUUGAGAAGUUCAUCCUUACACAACAUGAAGCUAUUUUCGACGACAUUGUGGAGAAUCUGCCAUCCGAUCCCGACGAUAAAGAGGGCAUUGCUGCUCGUCUCUCCCUCUUGGGUCAAUUGGGAGCACGAUGGCACACUGUUUUGAGACAGGCAACCUAUCACUUGUUUGAAACAGCAGCGAACGUCCCUUCUGCUACUGUGUUGUCGCAAUCCUGCAUAUCAUUUACCUCCAAGAAAUUGCAAUUGGAGUCUUCUACUGAGCUCUUCAGGCUCUUCGCUCCUCAGAUAUCGUACACCUGGCUGUCGAAGGAUGGCUUCUCUCGAAUGCCUUUCCUGGCAUUUGGAUAUGCAACACUGAAAGAAAUGGUGCUUGACAACCUGCAGGAAUUUGUGGGACAGACGGCGCUUCGUGGUGCCAAGUAUGCGGACGAACUGGCAGAAAUUGCUGGAGACAAGUGGACAUCGCUUCUUGCCACUGCCUUCCCCACUGCAUUGGCCUAUACUUUAUCCUCCGAAACGAGCCUGCCGAAACAAGAGCGACUGUAUGAUGGUUCUGAAAAGCUGAUGCGAAAACAAUUAGGUUCUGAUACAUAUCUUGAACUCCUCCAGAAACGAAUGCCCGACAUCGUUGCUCAGCUGAUAAUGUCUCUUCAAAAUGAUCGCGCAAUAGAAAAGGCAUUCGAAAAGAGUCAGCAUACAUUGGCCUUGAGUGCAUGGGAGGAAAUGUCCACCCAAUCAACUACGAACUUGGAGCUUCCGCUUUCUCAGCAACCGUCCUUUCGAGCUAGAUGCCUGGGUGAGGAGCUCAAUUACAUCUGUUCUCGGCUCAACGUUGCGCAAUCUGACAUCUGGUCACCUGCUUUAACUGUUCAUGUCUACAGAUCACUCCUGAGCAAGACUAGACCAGCGCUUGGUCCACUGCAUGCCUGCACUAUCAUCCGCAAGGUUCGAAUUGCUAUCAGCCUUGCAGGUCCCAUCGCACUAUGCGGUUACCCUUUGGAAAUGCUCCUCCAUAAUCUUCGACCGUAUCUUACAGUAUUCGAGUGUGCCGAGGAUACGAUGGGGAUCUUUCGAUAUCUUCUUCAGCAUGGGAAGUCCCAUCUCAGUACACGAAUAUCUUUUCUGGCUGGUUUAGGCGUUUCUAUUUUUGCUUCACUCACAGGUUUCAUCACAUCAUCCCAGGAAAGUACAACACAGGAGAGUCACUUUCGGGCGACAAUAUCAAAAGCUCAAGAAUUUCGCCUCUUUCUGAGUCGCUUUCUUGAGGGAGCGACUUUUGUGAAUGUCCCACAGACUACUCUGGUCACUUUCAAAAGAAUACUUGAACAUGCGAAAAACAUCGAAAACCCGGGGAGCAAUGCAAGAAGUACAAGCGAGGGCUGUCUUCUUCUUGCCCUUCUCGACGAUCGGAAUUCAGAAGAACCUUUACUGACCGAGUUGCAUUUUGAUAUAUCCCUCGAGAUAUUGUGCAAGAAUUUCAAGACAGCCAGCGAUCCUGCAGAUGAUAUCCUUUUAGAUGAUCUGGCUGCUCAGCGGUCUUCUACCGUGCUCAACGAUUUUAUCAAAACUGUCAAGACGAAUGAGGAUUUUCUAACCUGGGCUGCGAGCGCUAUAGGACGUGGAUACCUUAUGCAUGGUAUGGCAAAUGACUGCCUUGAGUCGCCCAAGAAGGACUUUCGGUGGACAAACAUGAUCAAUUCGAAGUCAGAGAAGGACAAAACUCGCCAAGAUAUGCUAAAGGAAGACAUGGUGUCAUCCUAUACAAGUAUCGUCGAUGUGCUCAUCGACUUGCUCUGGCGGUCCGAUCUUGUGGCAGCAGCAUUCUCCGAAAAAACCUUGCAGUCCAUCUCCAGCAAUAUUGCUGAAGAUCGUGAAAGUGAAAUUCUCGCUAAACACUUCGACAAAAAUAUUUUCACAGACCUGAGGUUUGAAGGUUUCGAAUGUCCACCGAUAGGAAGAUCCAACCAAGAGAAUUCCUUUACAUCCGCCCAGUAUGCUACUGGCGGCAAAUCUAGAUCUUCGAAUCAUUGGGCAGCUGAUCAGCUUCGGGACCUCUGCUCGGAGACAACGGAUGACCCUAUUCUGCGUCAUAUACUUCCCUUGAUAGCUGAAGUGCCAAGUGUAGCGGACACCCUUUUCCCCUAUGCAGUCCACAUCAUCCUUGCAGGUGGAUCCAAUAUGCGCCAACAUUCUCGGGAUCGUCUGUCCCUGGCCUUUUCAACCAUACUCCAGAAUCCAGGCGCCGAGGUUGAAGAAGCCCGACCGUUGGUGCUGAGGACUAUCAUAUACCUCAGAACAAGAUUCUACGCUAAUGAGACCACAAUGGCCCAACGGAACACUUGGCUUGAAAUCGAUUUCUCUCAAGCUGUUGUAGCUGCUACUGAGUGUCACAUGUUUCAUGAGGCGCUUCUUUUCCUUGAACUGCACAACUCUCAGGCCCGUCUUCAAGGUGGACGAUCAUCUCGAAAGUCCCUAGGUUCAUUAUUGUCUAGCGUGUCUCAUGAGGUUGAGACCCUCAUCUACGAAAACGUCGACGAUCUUGAUUUCUUCUAUGGCAAGCACGAAGAUUCUGACUUACAAUCUGUCCUUGCAAAACUGGCUCAUGAAGGAGCCAGCCAAAAAGCAUUGUCUUUCCAGAGCGCUCUGCUGGACUCUCAUCUCAAGAUUCAGGAACCUGCUAACGUUUCUGAGACUGUGAAUGCGACUGCUAUGGCGCUUAGGUCAGCAAAUAUGUAUGGAAUUUCCGAAGCUGUAGAGCGCUACUACCACAACAACGCUGAACAGCGAUCGCAACUGACUGGGGCGUCUAAACCUUUUGCAGCAUUGAAUCAGUGGGAUCUGAUAGCUUCAGAUGGGGCAUCAGGACACUUCGAUACUGCUGGAGCGUUGCUAAAAAGCAUGAACCAUGCCUCGAACACGACUGCUUUGGACUCCAUGAUUGAUCAAUCACUACUAGCAUCGAUUACCCAAUUAAUCUCAACCAAUACUGGGAGGACCGAAAACAACAUUUUACUUUCACGCCUUGCAAUACUGGCAGAAGCCAAACAGGUUUUGACUGCUCACACUCAACAAGAACUUGACUCGAUCUGGAAGCGUAUUGUGGAAAGGGACAAACAAAUCGAACUUGCCGAGUUCGAGAAGUUGUCACCGGUUCUCUCAGCGAGAGAGGCGACGUUUACUGCUUUGCGUCGAAACCCCAGUCUUCAGGCGGCAUUCGGCUUGACCUUUCAGCAGUCACUCUUGCAGGAAAUCCACGUUGUUCGUCAAUCACUUCAUUCGGUUUCUGACCAUAGUAUUCCGCAGUUCAGUCUGAACAGGGCCAUGUACCUCUCAGAAUUGAACAUCUUGGGACUGGCAGUUGGUCUCAAUGUGGAAGUCGCCAUCCAAUAUGACCUUGCAACCACCUUAUGGGCCCAAGAGGAGACUUCAGGUUCAAUCGGAAUCCUCCAAAGCCUCGUGAGCAGAAAGGAUGCAAACCACCACAUUCUUGGGGUUACAAUGGCACAAAUCUUGACUGAUUUGGGUCACAAGGUAGCCGAAGCACGUCUCGAGCAGCCAGACGAAAUCAUCAAGAGCUAUCUACAGCCCGCUUUUGAUGAAUUACGGGGCAAGAACUCCGGGGUAGAGGCCGGUCGAGUGUUCCACAAUUUUGCCGCAUUCUGCGACAUGCAACUACAAGAUACGGACAACUUGGACGAUUUCACUCGGAUCAGCAAGAUCAGGGACCGUAAACUCAGAGAGUUGAACGACUUGAAGAAGAUGAUUGAAACAAGUGACGCAAAGCAACGUGAGCAACUUAAGGGACAUCUCAAUAAGGCCAAGGUCUGGUAUAACCUGGACGACAAAGAAUUCAAAAGAGUCUCAGAGAAUCGUGAAAGUCUAAUUCUCCAGUGCUUAGAGAACUACCUGCUUUCAAUGAAAGCUUGUGAUGAUUAUCGAAAUGACACUCUUCGAUUCCUUGCUUUGUGGCUCAAUCAGGCUGAAAGCUCAACGGCAAACGCAUCAGUAAGCAAGUAUCUCAGUGCUGUUCCAACACUGAAGUUUGCUCCUUUGGUCAAUCAACUGUCCUCGAGGCUUCUCGAUGGAAAGGACAAAUUUCAAAUCCUUCUGAUGGAUCUCAUGUUUCGAAUAUGUUCGGAUCAUCCAUACCAUAGCUUGUACCAGGUGUUCUCGACAAGCAAGACCAAGGCACCCAAAACUGACGAGGUCGCAUCGUCUCGGAACAGCGCAGCCAACAAACUCGCCGAGGCUGUUGCAAAGAAAAGUCCUUCCGCUACAAUCUGGAUUGCAAUUCAUAAUAGUAGCAUAGCCCUGUUCAGAGUCGCUCAAGAAAGAAUUCCCGAGAAAGAAGCCAAACAGGGGGCCAAGCUUCCGCUUCGAAAGCUUUCUUCUGCGGUCAGAUUGGAGCAGAUGAUGACGGAAGCUCACACGAAAAUACCCCCCCCAACGAUGAAUAUCACAUUGAGAUCAGAUAGAGAUUACUCGGGCCUAGCGACGUUCAGUAAGUUCGACCAACAAAUUGCCAUUGCUGGAGGAGUCUCAGCACCGAAGAUCGCAACUAUGAUUGCUUCAGACGGAUCUGCCUACAAAAUGCUUCUGAAGGGGGGCAAUGAUGACCUUCGCCAGGAUGCAAUAAUGGAACAGGUAUUCGGACAAGUAUCGGAGUUACUCAAGGAUCAUCGGCCGACGAGACAACGGAAUCUAGGAAUUCGUACCUACAAAGUCAUCCCCCUCACCACUAAUGCCGGUAUCAUUGAGUUCGUGAAAGACACCAUUCCACUUGGUGACUACUUGAGCCCUGCUCACGAGCGAUACUUCCCUAAGGACUUCAAAUUCACAAGAGCCAGGCGAGAGAUUGCUGAUGCACAGACAAAGCCAAUGCCACAACGCCUGCAAGCCUACAAGACUGUAACGAACAACUUCCACCCUGUGAUGCGCUUCUUCUUCAUGGAGAACUUCCUCGACCCUGACGAGUGGUUCCACAAACGCCUCAACUACAGUCGCUCCACAGCAGCAGUCAGCAUUCUCGGCCACGUGCUUGGGCUUGGCGAUCGCCACGGGCACAACAUCCUCCUCGACCACAACUCCGGAGAAGUAGUGCACAUCGACUUAGGCGUCGCGUUCGAAGCGGGACGCGUCCUGCCCGUUCCCGAAGUCGUACCCUUCCGCCUAACACGCGACCUCGUCGAUGGCAUGGGCCUCACAGGUGUAGAAGGCGUCUUCCGACGCUGCUGCAACUUCACGCUAGAAGCACUGCGCCGCGACCAAGAAGCCAUCAUGACGAUUCUCGACGUCCUGCGAUACGACCCGCUAUAUUCUUGGUCCAUCUCACCGCUGCGCCUCCAGCGGAUCCAGGAACACAACGAACAGGUCGCCGACGCCAUGGCGGCGAGUAUGUCUACGACCGCGGGCGCCGGCAUGGCUCUGGACGGCCACGGUGUAGGCGGCGUCGUCGGCGCCGCGAGACGCGAUAUCUCUGAGCCCAGUGAGGCCGAUCGCGCCCUGACCGUCGUGGCAAAGAAGCUAGGCAAGAGCCUUAGUGUCGAAGCCACCGUCAAUGAACUUAUUCGCCAGGCGACUGAUGAACGUAACCUCGCUGUGCUCUAUUGUGGCUGGGCUGCCUUCGCAUAG